GGGAAAAAGGUUCACACGUGGAAUGCUUACAUGGCAGACGGGUACUCAAUGAGCGUUUGAUGCCGCCAAAUCAAUGGGAUCCUCUUCAGGGUUUUUGGUUUUUCUUCAACCCAAGUGAGGGAGGGUCAGGGAAGCAAACAAAUAUAACCCUCUAAGGGUUCAGCAGACACGACCUACUUUCGUCCUUUUCGUUUACCUGCCCUUCUCUCUUUGUAGUUUGAGAGAGUAUGUGUGUGAGAAUCGAAACCCUAAAGCUGGAAAUCAUUUGAAUGAGGUCAUACUCAGAUACUUCAAAGUUAUACUCUCCAACAUCUUGCACAGGCUUAAAAUGAAACCAAGAACCAAGGAGAUAUCCAGAGGUCAACAGUCGAAGAAUCUCCAGGGGGAAGGUCCAAAUUGGGUCCUUAUUGUUGGUGGGGCCUUGUUGAGUACAUUGUCCAUUCGGCUUGGGUACAAGCUUAGGCAAGGUCCUGAUACAAAACGGCUGGACAAUAAUUGCAAUGGAUUGAAAGGAAAUGUAAAAUCUACUGACAAGAGAAGGUCCAGAGCUUGCAAAAUGCAUUCAAGUGUAUAUUCUUUCACACAAGAUGAGGAUGGCUGUUACAAUUGCAUUUCAGGAAGUUCAGUAGGCACAGUUGAAGUUAAGCAUCCAGCCACUGGUCCGAGUCUGAAGGAGGCUGAUCUAUCACUCCCUUUAGUCACGAUUACAGCUCCAGAGUCAAACAGAGAAAAUGGUGUGAUUUGGGCACCUUCCCCUGAUCGUCUUGAGCCACCUCCAAAGCCAUUCCACCACUCAAAUUGCUCUGACUCUCCCUGUGGGUCAGAAUCUGGCUCUGACAUCUUUGGCAAGCGGGAAGUGAUUCACAAGUUGUGGCAGCAGUUGAAGAGAAGGGAUGAGAUGAUCUUGGAGAUGCAGGAUCAGAUCACAGCAUUGCAGAAUUCACUCAAUGUUCAGCUAACAAAUUCUGUUAAUUUGCAGUCACAGCUGGAUGCUGCGAACCAGGACCUAUUUGAUUCUGAGAGGGAAGUCCAGAGGCUGAGGAAGGUCAUAGCAGAUUACUGUGUAGGAGAAGUGGGGCCCACCAAAAAGCCCACAGUAACCGGGGACUGGUCAGGAGAAGGAAGAAAUGGCCAUAGUAAUGGAUUUCCAAAUGGGGAGAGUGACUUGGAUAUGAUGGGCAAUGGGAGAGGAGAUGGGGAGAGGAUUGAGAUGCUGAAGAGGGAAGUGGGAGAGUUGAAGGAAGUAAUUGAAGGAAAGGAGUACCUGCUGCAGAACUAUAAAGAACAGAAGACAGAGCUAUCCGUUAAGGUCAAGGAACUGCAGCAUAGAUUGGCCUCUCAGGUACCUAAUAUUUUGUAGGGAACUCAGUUUUGUGUAUUUGUUGUUUGGUUUUUCAUGUGCUUUUUGAAAAUGUGGGAAGCUGGGCUUCCUUAAUUUCCAUAUUCAGUAAAAUGUCUCAUGC